UUCCAAGGCUUCAUGUGAAUGAUACAGAGAAAGGAGGGCCAAGAGCACCACCUAGGAACAAGAUGGCACUUUAUGAACAGUUUAGUGUUCCUUCUCAAAGGUUCAACAACCAGCGUCUUCUACCAAUCAAUCAUCCAAGUACCCCAUCAUCCUCAAGCCAGGGGACUGGUCCUGAGAGGAGCUAUGCAUUCCCAGUUCAUAAACCUUCUCAAGCAUCUACUCGUCGAGAAAGUUAUAGUUCUCGCCAAUAUGAUGGAGCAAACCUGAACACUCCGUCCACACAAGUUGAACAGAGGAGAAAGGUAGAUGAUGAUGACUUCAUGGUUCCUGUAUAUGUUCACUCAAGGAAUGGUCAAUCAAAUGAUGAAACAGUUCAAAGUUCCAAUGGGAGACAUCUCACUCCAAUGGUGAGGAGUGAAAGACAUCCAUCAAUAAUCUCCAAUGGACAACAGCCAGUAAUGUCUUGUAGAGACAUAUCAUCAAGGGAAACCGUUGAUGGUCUAAGUCGAACAAAGACAAUUCCUAAUCAAGAUUGUUUUGUGUCAAAUAUUAGUAGAUCACAUCAUGCUGAUGCUUGCUUAUGGCCAGUGUCUGUUGCUGGCUCACAAACCAAUGAUGAUGAACACGGCGAUAUCUUGACAGAAAACCAAACUAGUCCACAAGAGGAUAACAAUGAUCCCGAAUGUCAGGAUACACAGAUUGGUGGCCCAAUGCAAGGGGGGAAUUUAGAUGACAGUGAUGACAUUUCCAAAAUCUCCAGUAUAGAAAAUUCGUCAACCUUGAGAGUUAGUACUGAUGAUGUUGUAGGGAUACUAGGUCAAAAACAUUUCUUUAAAGCAAGACGAGAAAUUGCCAAUCAACAGAGAAUAUUUGCAGUCCAAGUGUUUGAAUUGCACAGACUGAUCAAGGUCCAACAGCUGAUUGCUGGAUCGCCCGAACUUCUGAUUGAAGAUGCUGCUUUCAUUGGAAAGAUCCCUUUGAAGGGGUCUACUACUAAAAACCUCUCACUGGAAGAACUUGUGGAACCUAAGCGACAAAAUCUAAAGCGCAAGGAUGAUUCCCAAAAGUUAAACCAUAAGAUGGAAUGUUCAGCUGAGAAUGCAGUCGGGAAAGCAUCUUUUUCGUCCCAAAAAAGUGGUAGCCACCAUUUGAAUUACUCUUCUACUCCAGGAGAUCCACACCAAGCCAGUGGUGCCGCUGAUAAUAGAAUGGCCCCCAUGUGUUUCAAUCCGUCACCUGGGCAUCAAUGGUUGAUUCCUGUUAUGACUCCUUCUGAAGGGCUUGUCUACAAGCCAUAUCCCGGACCGGGAUUUACUGGGUCAUUUUGUGGAGGAUUUGGACCCCUUGGGCCGGUUCCUAUGAGCAAUACUUACAUGAAUCCCGUCUAUGGACUCCCGGCUUCGCACGAAGCAAUUGGGGUCCCGCCUUACAUUCCUCCAGGAAGUCAUGCCUACUUCCCUCCUUAUGGGAUGCCAUUUAUGAACAAUCAAGCAAUGUCAGGGUCGGCCGUUGAACAGGCAAACCGGUUCAUGGCACAAGGUUCUCAUCUUCAAAAUGGUCAUUCAUCAGCCGACAGAAUCGAUUUCCCUGCUCAUAAUCAAGGCUCCUCUAAUCAGACGGUACAGAGAACCGGAUCUGCAUCGCAUGCUGGGAAAUCUCGUACACCAAAGGAUAGCGAGUUCCAAGGAAGCUCCACGAAUAGUCCUAAUGAAACGGCACAACAGACUAGAACAACACAAGAAGUUGCUGAAGGAAGAGAAGCAAAUUCACCUUCCCUUGUGGAUCCUGUGGUGGUAAUAGAGGGAACCAAUCAGUCUCACGAAACUAGAUCGGAGACUAGGGUGAUCAAAGUUGUGCCUCACAACCGAAGAUCUGCAACAGAAUCAGCUGCUAGAAUCUUUUUAUCAAUUCAAGAAGAGAGAAAAAGGUAUGAUUCCUAAUAAUCAGCAUAUGGAAUUCCAUCGGUUUCUGUAAGUCUUUUUUAUGGUCGGAUAUAUAUGAUGUAACAAAUGAAUGUAAGAGGCUAAGUAUACUAUAGGUUUCGCCUUUGACCAAAUUACAACGCAUAUUUAUAUCAUAUGUAGAUAUAAUAUGUUCAUGGAAUAUCAAAACUGGUCAAAAUGUAACACUAAUAUAUGUUGUCUACUUCUAUACUUGUUUUUUCAUUUUAUCGUUUAUAUUAGAUUUUACCUUAGUGA